AUGGCCUACGACCGACACGUCGCCAUCUGCCAGCCCCUGCACUACGAGAGAGUGAUGAACAGGAGAGCUUGUGUCCACAAGGCCUCCAGUGCCUGGCUUGCUGGUAUUGUCUACUCUGCCCUGCACACCGGGAACACCUUCCGGUUACCCUUCUGCCAGUCCAAGGUCACCGACCAGUUCUUCUGUGAAAUCCCCCAGCUCCUCAAGCUGGCCUGCUCCGACUCCUAUCCCAGUGAAGUUGUGCUUAUUUGCUUUAGUGUGCUUUUAGGUUUGAAUUGCUUUGUUUUCAUACUUUUGUCUUAUGUUCAAAUCUUCAGAGCGGUGCUGAGAAUCCCCUCGGAGCAGGGCCGGCACAAAGCCUUCUCCACCUGCCUCCCCCACCUCGCUGUGGUCUCCUUGUUACUUUUGACGGCCUUUUGUGCUUACCUGAAACCCAUCUCCAGCUCAGCAUCCAAUCUGGAUCUAGUCAUGGGUGUUCUCUACGCCGUGGUGCCUCCCACGCUGAAUCCGGUCAUCUACAGCCUGAAGAACAAGGAGAUCAAAACUGCCCUGAAGAAACUGAUGGGGUGGAGAUUAAUGUCCAGGAAAAGGACACCUUUGGUGUUUGUGAUUGUAGCCCCAGAUUCUUUAUUCAAUGUGGACUAG